GUCGCCGUCGUCGUCGUCGUCGUCGCGUUUGCGAAGCAACUCCGGAUCCCGAUCAGCGCAGCAAAACGUGUGUUCGAUUGUACGCGGUGAAAAAUCGGAAUUUAUGGUCCGCGCCCAUCCGGGAACCGAUCGAAAGUUGUUCCAUUCGAAAGCGGAAUAGUGCCGGCGCAAGGUGCAUAUAAAGUUUCCCGGAAACGUCGGAGUUUUGGUGGGUAAAAAGUGAAUUCUUUCCCGGGUGGAUUUGGGAAUUUUCGCUCCGUCUUCGGUCGUCCGUCGGUGCGGUUUUUAGUUUUUUUUUUCCUGCUCUGCCCUUCGGUUUGUGUGUGAGGGGUUUUAGGGGGAAACGGAUGGUGGCGGUGUGGCCGGUAGCUCGAGAACACGACACGGUUGCAGUCAGCAGUCGGUCGGUCUGACUGAGAAAACGGCGUAGGAUUGGAUGUGAGAAGCGACGCAGGAGAUGUUACGUACGACGACGAUGUGACUCUUUUUCUUCGCCUUUUUUUUCGGUACUCAGCCGUAGUUUUGGAUUAUUCCGUCUUUGCGGAAGUGACUCGCGUUGGGAGCUGAUGGGAAAAGAAGAAUCGAAACAGCAGGCCCUGGAAAUUGGAUCGAAAGUGUUUUGCUUGUGUGUGUUGCCGCGCAAUGAAGAAAUGGGAGCACUAGCGUUACGCCUUUAGCUGGGGACCGAGGGAUUGCGUUGUUUCUGCAGAAUCAUUCUGGAUUUCAUCAUUUCUCUUUGGUGUUUCGCUUUUGCAGCAGAAGCUAUCGUUGGAAACAAGCCAAACUCGGCGAAAAUACAGCGAAAUCAAUUCCAAAAGUGAAACAAUCGUUUGAUUUCUUUGUAUCAAAACACAAUGUAAACAAAAUUUAAUCAAAAGGAAGAAGCACAAAACUACAAAGACUUUGAGUGAGUGAAGCUGCCUGGGAAGCAGGCAGCAGUGGAAAAAGUGACCCAUACAGUGGAAGAAAGAUUAAAUUUCCCACUUGCAGAGAAGCGUAUUAUUAGCAAUAGUGAGCGCUCGAAUUCAAAGUGCAAAAUCAUCAUCAUCGUUUUGGCAAAUGUGUACUGCCGUCUUCGUCGUUGUUGAUGCUCUCGAGUCCAGUCUGUUGUUUGGAUUAGGAGGGUACGACGAAACACAGCUGGGAGGAACAGCAGCGUUGCUGUUAGCAAGAAACACGGCCGCCAAGUGCGGAAUAUAGAUCGAUCAUCGGAAUCGGAUUUGCUCUGCGAAACGUCGGAAGGAAAAACGGUAAAAAACUAUGGACGAUGAAGAUGGAUCUACAGCUGUCCCUGUCGAUGAUACCAACAACGAUGAAACGGCUACCAAUGAAACCACCACCAAGUCCGGUGAGGACGAGGUGGAAAAUGCUGACGCUGAGACAACCGCAGUGGAGUCCAAAAGCUCACCUCAGCUAGUGGAAUCGCCUCCUGAUGGUACCGAAGCGGAACCAGCACCAACCGAAGCGUCAACAGUUUUAGAUUCUGAAGGAAAAAGCGAUGACGAUGAACCCGAUCAAAGCGAUGAAGCUGCCCCGAUCGAAGACGAUGACGCCAAUAAACGAUUGGUCGAGGAACCUGCUGAAGUCACGGCAGCGCCAAAGGAAAGUGCAUCGGACGACGGUGAAGCAUCAGCUUCGCCAGAGAGAGACGAAGAUUCACCCGCUGUCGCAGAAGAUGGUGAAGAUGAAGAUAAAGCGGAGAUAGACGACAAGGUGGAGGAUGGAACUGACGUCACCGUGGAAGACGACAGUCAGCAAAUCGAACCUGAAACCGAGAAGCGGCAACAGUUUCCUCAGUCUGAGGAAGAAGAUCUUCCCGCCGAACAGCAGGCAGAAAAUGAUGAACCAAUGGAAGACGAAGAAGAUGAUGAUGUUCCUGUGCCGGACGCAGGAAAUUUGGUUGAUGAAGAUGAAGCUGCGUCAGCAGUGGAGAAAUGUGACGAAGAGGAUGAGAAGGAGGUUGAUUCAUUCAGUAAUCAUAUAGUGCAUAAGGUGAAUGGGGUACUGACGAGGCGAUCGGUAGAAUUGGACCGAGAAACAGAAGGAGAAACCGAGACAGAAGCGAGGGAAGAUUUGAGAGUGGAAGUGAAUGAAGAGGGAAACGAAACAGAUGAUAAUGGUGACGGAGGGGCAAUGAGUUUGGUCGAGGACGACGCCAUCGAGCAGAAGACAGAGAAAAUGCAGGAGGAGGAAGCUGAAAGGAGUGAAGAUUUGAGAGUGGAAACGAACGAACAAGGGAAUGAAACACAUAAUGACGACGAAGGGCAGCCGAGUUUGGCCGAGGACGACGCGAUCGAGCAGAAAACAGAGACAAUGCAGGAGGAGAACGAUGAUGAACAACAUGAGGAAAGGAAUGUUGGAAUAGAACAAACUGAGGAUAUGGAAUGUGAAGAAGAUGAAUCCGAAGAAGCAACUGUGUCGCAUCGAGCAGAUGAGAAUGGUGCAGAGAAGCAAGGUCAAGUUGAGGAAAAUCUGUCGAUAGAUAAGAUGGAACGACGGUCCAUCGAGAGUAAUGGGAAUGAUACUGGAAUGGAUCAACAAGAACAAAGUGAUAUUCGUUCGGACGAACUUCAUCAACUGGACAACAGUAUUUCUAUGGAGCCACGAGUCAAUGGUGACGUUCAGCACGAUGAUGAUGAAGAAGAAUCCGAGUCGGCUGGUUUAAAACGGCCACGUUCAGAAAGUCCAGCAGAAUGUAACCAAAGCGACAGACAGGAACCAUUCAGCAAACAACUUAGGCUUAGUGAAAGCGGUAUAUCGGAAAGCAAGCUUUCCGAUUCAGUUCCCUUGCAGGAACUAGUCAAAGUGGGUCAUAAAACUAGCUUUGGCACAGAUCUGCUUGUAGAGAGCGGUAAGUUAGAUCAGUCGAUAGACUCGGGAAAGUCUUCACUUGCAGACAGUAAUGAACCCGAUGAAGAAGGCACCGCUCUGACGACGACGGUGCCGAUACCGGAGGAAGAAGAUCCUAAACCAGACCCACAACCCAAUGGGGACGACAACGUAGAUGACGAUGAGCUGGAUGAUGACAAAUCUAGUAGUUCAAGUUCAUCGAGCUCUUCGAGCUCAAGUUCGGACUCGGAAAGUUCUGAUGAAGAACAAAAAGAAGAAGAUGAUGAAAACCGAGAACCUACCCAUCUGGUCGAGCAUCCUGAGCCGGAACAGAUUGCUAAUGUUCAGGAAGAAAUUGAUAGCAGGUCGCGGUUGGAAAUCGACGAGUCCCAAUCGGAGGAAGAAGACGACGAGGAAGAGGAGGACGACGAAGAGGAAGCACAGAUAACCCGCAGUGAAGGUUUGAAGCUGUCCAUUUCGCUGAAACGGCCACCCGCGGAAGAGAGACCCACGGAAGAGGAAGAACAGUUGCCCCCAGUGAUUCAUGGCGCCGCGUUACCUCCGGUACCACCACAGCCCGUGGAUUUCAGCAACCUGUUCAAUCAGGACAAAAUGCUAGGCAGUCAUCGGCCCGAGCUGCUGAAGAUUGACUAUAACAGCAAACCUCCGGUGCACAACAUCAGCGAUCAGGUACAACAAGAACUGGCCAGUAAACCUGUUCCGACGGAACCUACCCCAACCGGGGGCUUCAGCUUGUUGAAUCAUCAGCUGAAAACCAACUACGUGGGAGUAGAUUCAACCAGUUUUCUCAUGGACGAAUCAUCCGACACGCUGGAUGAGGAGAAUAGACUAGUGAUUGCGGAAAAGCAACGACGUGGCCGGAAAAAGGACACUUCCCCUGUGAAGCAGCCGCAGCUGCAGCCAAGUUGGCAACAACAUGCCAUGCCAUACGGAGGAAACUAUCAGCUAGGAAUGAUGCGAUUGGGAAUGAAACCGAGAACGAAUGCGAAGCAGCCACCACAGCAACAACAAGCGCAACAGUUCUUUAUGAAGUCGAUGCUGGCUACCGGUAAGCAAUCUCAGCCUCAUCUGCCGGUUGCUCCUGCAGUCCCAGCUCAAAUGCCUCCGCAAGCAGUGCAGCAAUCACUCCUGGCACAGCCGCAACCAAGAAUCCCAGUUCCGACACCACCUUCUUUGCCAGCAGAGAGUAAGAAAAAAGACAAAAAGAAGGUGUUCCUCUGUUCGCCUUGCGGUACCCACUACGAGAACUGGAACCUCUUCAAGCACAUGCGGGAAGUACACAAGAAGUACAUCUGCCUGUACUGCUUGGGAAUUUUCCAAACCGCUGAAAAGCUAGUCAGUCAUCUGGAAGCGAAGCACCAGGUUCGCAAGAAGCACGUGGCCAGCAUCGACGAGUACCAGCAGCAACAACAGCAGCAAAACGUGGACACCAGCAAACCGCUGUAUCUAAUGUGUGCCCGCUGUGAACACAUUUUUGAGAAGCUUCCCGGUAGCGAUGAGGCGUCGAUUGUGCAGCACGACUGCGCAGACUAUCUGGAUCGAUGUGGAAACUGCGGAGAACUUAAACAGUCCAAGCAUAAAUGCGAAAAGAAGGCGGAACAACCGCCAUCGGAACAGAGCAGGCUAUUCAGCAACAACAAUAUAAAUAGUAGCGUUAAAACUAAUCUUAACAACAACUACGACGGCACUAGUGUUAGUGGUAAUUCAACGGCUGUGAUGUUAAACUACGAUAGGCUUACGACUAAUGGUAAUAGUACUCACCACGAUAACAUGUACCAAGCGAAUAGUCUGCUCAGGACUGGGCCAAACCGGAAACCCCAGAACAAGAAGCAGAAACUCUCUCACCCGAAUCACCCGCAAGACUCGUUCCCCAACUUCACCAACUCGAUUCUUCAAUCGCAGCUCAUGAAACCACUGGAAGCGCCUGUCCAUCUACCUGCUCCAGUUUCCUAUCCGCCAGAGCUUCUUCAGCAUCAGCAGCAACAGUCCUAUCCCUUGCAGCUACCACCGUCACAAGCUCAACUUGGCUUCGGUCAAAGCACUACCCUGUCGACCAUCCCGGCCAGCCUGCUGAAUGUGCAGGAACCGCCAACGGAGCUACCUCCCGUCCCAACGGAGUUGCCACCGUCGGUGAUGGUGCCCCCCAGGGAAGAUCAGCAACCGCCGCUGUUGGUACCCAAGUUGAAGGUGAAGAUUCCCAAACAGUACUGCACUCCGAUCGAGAGCGAGGAAUCAUCCACCGAGAGCAGCGACGAGGAAGAGGAUGAGGCAGCGGAUCAGGGAGACGAUGACGAUGACGACGAAGACGAGGAGGAAGAGGAAGAGCAAGAGCGUCCGGAGCAACAGGAGGAACAUCAGCCGGAGUCGAGACAACGACGACACAGCGAAGGCGAGUUCGUGCCAAAGACACAUGAGGUGGAGGCAUCCAUCGAACACGCAGAAACACAGCAACAACCGCCAGAAGCCCCGGCCGCACCCCCGCCAAGAGUCGAGGACGAUGUCAAGCUUGACCCGGUCGAGAUGGACAUCGAAGAGGAAGGCGACAGGCAACCGGUUCACUUGCCACCCGAGAUGGGUCCGGCUCCUAUGCCGGAGCACCAUCAACCAGCACCGGAGCCGAUGGCCGUGGAUGACGAACUUUCACCACCAGUGGAACCAACCGAUGCGGCACCGCCACCGCCGCCCGAAUCCGAAAUCUCACCACCGGUGGAAUCGCUGGAACCGGAAGAACCACCGACGCCGUCUGACGGCAUCGUCGUAGCCGAUGAAGACGCCCAGCUAUUUGAACUAGUCCUAGAUGAACCCCUUGACAAGAUCCACAUAAGAGAUUUUAUCAAAAUUUGUCUGCAAAAAACUGUGCCGUUCUGUCUGUACUGCAACCACGCGAGGCGGAUCGCCGUCAAUGGGAAGUAUUUGGCACUGCAUCUAGUGGCAACGCAUCGCUUCCAAGCGACGGUCAACAGCAUCACGGCGGAAGAACUUCUCCCGGCCACUAUCGUGCAACGGUUCAAAUCCUGCUUGGAAGAGCUAGAACCCCUUUACUUCAACCUGGAGACGUUCGAUUCCAGCUGGACCCCAGAGCAGAAGGCCGUUACCUAUCCGAAGCAGUUCGAGUGCUUCCAGUGCCGAUUCAUAACAAGGAUACACAAGGAACUGUACCUGCACAACCGUAAGAUGCACCAGAAAUCGGUACUGAUAUGUUUGAUGUGUCGGGCAAACUUCUUCAGCUACAGUGAACUGCUCUGUCACAUGUGUCCCGGGGCUCCAAAUCGGCAGAUCAUCCUGGAUUACAGCUUCCGGUGUUGUUCGUGUAACAUCGAUGGCAUCCCGUCGGCGUUCCGGCUGAUGGUUCACUUGCGGAAGCGCCAUUUUGCUUGCGACGUCUGUUUGGAGCAGUGCGUGGAGCAGGGGGCUCUGUCGAAUCACGUCUGGAAGCACAAACUGCACCACCUGUGCUACCGGUGCGGAAUAGCCUACCGGAACAAGGCGGACAUUUUGAAGCAUCUGUUCUGGAAACACGGAACGGAGGGCGUGGUUUGCAAGAGGUGUCUGCAGAAGAAGUGGCCACACGUGUACCAUUUCUGCGUGCCACCGGCGCAGUUUGUUUGCGAGGUGUGCCAGAUGGGCUUCCGCAAAUCGUUAGCUCUGAAGGUACACCGGAGGUUGCACAACGGCGAGGACAAGUACCCGUGCAGCGAAGACGGGUGCGAGAAAAAGUUCAUUUCGAAGAAGUUGCUGUUGAAGCACGUGCAAAGGCACUACGAGCCUCCUCCGCCGCCUCCAUCUCCGCCGAAGCCAAAGGAACCUACGCCAGAACCGGUGGCGGCACCUCCGGUCGAAGACGUGAAACCGAAGGAGGAACCAAUCGAAAAGGUGAAGGAGGAGAUGAAGGAUGAAGGAGAUUCGAAAAUUAAGACAGAAGUCAAGGAGGAGAACGGGGAGAAGUCCAAAUCGAAUGAAGAAACACCGAGGAAGAAGAAAAAGAAACGCUCCAAGGAUGACGCAGAGAAAUCGUUGGUUGAUCUAAUGAACCUACCGGCGUUGAAUUUAUCCGAGAGUGACAGUAGCGACGAUUCGGAUGCAGAUCAUUCGAAUGCCAGCAGUCGACGAUUCCCAUCUGCACCCGGAACCACCAAGGGGGACAACUCAGGCGACGAAGCAGGAGAGAAGUCAGAGCCAAAGAAAGAGGAACUGAAGGCGGAAAAUGAGGAUGAGGAUGGGCUGGAGAAAGCGGGAUCGGAAGAAAUUGUGAACAUCUGGAACAACUUCAAGAACUAUCAAGCCAGCCGGGGAAAUAGUCGGCGGCCAUCGCUUUCAGAGGAAAUAACCGAGGAACAGUUCGUAGAGAAGAUGCUUAGGAGCAAGGUGUUGCACGUAUCGCAAUCGGAUCACGACUACUGUAUGAUGUUUAAGAAGGUCUAUCCGGAAGUCAAGGCCAGUGAGGUUGGAGAGACGAUUGUCAUCGAUGACGAUGGCAAUAUGGAGAAGGAGAAACAACAGGAGUCGCUGUUGAAGGGUAACGCCCGGGUGGGAAGUCCUUCGAAGAAGCAGAAAUCACCCAGGAAGCAUAAGGUUUCCAAGAGUGGAUCGGAUUCUUCUUCCAGUGAUAGCGGAAGCGACUCGGACUCAAGCUGCGAAUGUGGAUCGAACUGCAGCUGUAGUUCUAGUAGUUCCGGCAGCAGCAGUUCCAGUUCGGACGACUCGGAUAGCUCCGAUGAGAAUAAUCCAAAGAAAAAGGACGACAAGAAGAAGAAAGAAGAAAAACAGGUACCGAAGGUAGAAGAACCGGUAAUUCCGGUGCAGGAAGAACCGCCAGCAGAACCACCGGAGCCCAUCGAUCCGGAUACCGUAAUACACGAAUCGGAUUUGGAAACAGAUGAAUCCGAAACGGACGAGGAGUUCUACGAUGAACAUCCACAGAAAAUGGCAAGCCAACUGUUGGCGGAGAAACGGCGCCAACUGAUGCAGCAAACCUGUAUGAGUCCAAUGAACCAGUUUGGCAUCGUGGAAAACAGUCGACCCUCAACUCCGUCGCUUCCAGAGGAAAUGGUUGCCAAAAAGAAGGUGAAGCUGAAGAAGAGAAAACGAGAGCGUAAGCUUACCAAGAAGACACCUCCUCCACCACUGCUUCAGGAACCAGUUCAAAACAUUCCUCCGGCAUUGAAUUUUAGCCACGUGGAUCAGUUUUCACCUGCUCCGAUACCGGUAACCACGCCGUUAACCGCACCGCCAAUAUUGCAUUCAGUGGAAAGCCCAAUGAUUCCUACAGCGUCUACUGCCUGUCAGGAUAGUCCAUUUUCACCAGCAUCGGCUGCUCCGAAGACGCCGCGACUCAGCACCGGUAACAGUUCCGAAUCGGAUGCACCCCUGAAACGAUCUCAGCGCAGUCGAAAACCGAAUAAGUUCUACGGAUACACCAGUGACGAUGAGAUCCCGCCGGGUUUGACCCCAAUACUAUCGAAAAACCCGGAGAAAUCCAUCCUUUCCGUGAUGAAACCUACUCCGCCUCCCAAUCUGGUCUGGAGCAAAGAAGAUCUUCCUUCGCCGCCCAAAGUGAAAUCAUCCAAAACAAAACCGAUCGAUCCCAGUACCCCGCUAAGUUCCCGAGCAGCACCUCCGGCCGCAGCACCAACUCAACAUCCAGUUCCACUACAGCAGCCUCCACGUGUCGAUACCACGCGGAUCCCCAACGUUCCGGUGCACCACGUUAUUCCCAGUCCGCUAGCUACUCCGCUGCACAACGACGCCGAUAGUGAUUCCAGCCAGGAAGGCGCCCUCCAAAUCAGCCAAAAACCAGCCAAAUCGACUCCCCUUCGAGCUGCCCCGCCGCUUCCCAAAUUGAAGCUCUCCGUACCGAAGAAGGCCGCUUCCAGAGGAACACCUAAAACUCCAGCGGCCCGCAAGCGUGCGCCACCCAAGUCUAAGACACCCAAAUCCGCUCCUCCCGUACCGUCGACGGCCGCUCAAAUCCCUCCUGCCUUCCCACCCACAUCCGCACCGGCUACCACCGCCGUCGCCAGUCCCUUCCAGCCGCCUAUUGUCGAUCCGGCAGCACCGAAAGUACCCCCGCUAGGUUCCUUCCCAAGCAUCCGGCAGUCGGAGUUCUUCCCCGCCAACCAGAUCCGCAUUCCGGCCGGGUGGCGUCCCCCGCGGGAAGGUGAGUCCGUCUACUGUUACUGCCGGUGUCCGUAUGACGAGGUGUCGGAAAUGAUUGCCUGCGAUGGAGACAACUGCCGGAUCGAGUGGUUCCACUUCGAGUGCGUGGGAAUCAUCAUGCCGCCGAAGGGCAAGUGGUUCUGUCCGGAGUGCAAGCUGAAGCAGCAGCAACCAGGCGGCGCAGCGGCACAGAUUGCAGCGCAGGCAGAACUGCAGGAUGAUUUGAUGGAUUCGAACUAAGUAGGUUUCUGUUUUACAUUAUGAAUUUGUUCUGGUUUGGCUGACUAAUUACUUAAAUAUUGGCAAAAGCAUAUGACGAACGGCCGGCCGCAUACACGUUUUAGUUGUUUUUAAUAAAAUAAAUAAUGAUACAAUCUCAUACAGUUUAUUGUGAGAUAAAUUAUGGUGUAUCUGUAUAGAAUAAAGUAGUUUACUAGUUCUGCAUACAAGUAAACUCGUAGAACCACGUAGAAGAAUGAAACAUUAAACAGUAACGUUGUUUAAAAAGUAUCUUAACGAUUGUAAAAGAAAAAGAAUUCUCUAGAAGACAGAACUAAUUCUCGGUAAAAAAAACACCGACAUUAAUUUAUUGAACAUGAAUUCAUUUGGAGUGGUUCGACUCCUACAACAAUGAGUUUGAAUGCAAUGUAUCAAUGACAGUGUGCUUUACACAUGAGAACUACCUAGAUCAAACAAGUACAUUUAGACAACAACAGAAUAUUUUGAAACGCUUAUAUUUGUGAGAAAUACAUCAAACGACGCAGAUAUGAAAAAAAAACAAAAAAUCAUUUAGUUUAGAUAGUUGUUUCAUCCCUAGGUUUUUUUAUGUCGUAGUUUUGUAUUUUAGUAGGACCUAGCUGCUUUGUAAGCAACAACACAAAACAAAAACCUGUAGAUAUACGUGGCAGAAAGUAGUGUGUACAUAAAAGAUAUAGUUGUAUUUUGGGUUUUCCACCUGUUUUCCUAUUUGAUGGAUGUGUACUAGUUUGCCGAGAGAGAGGAUAGAGGAUAUCCGAGUUUAGCGUUCCCAUUUUCGUUUUCAUACCCUCAUUUCACAACACAUACAAAAAAAAAUAAAUGACACGCUUGGGAAACGAAGUUUGAAAAACUUUUUUCCUAUACCUUUUGCAUCUGCUGCAAACACCCCCUCACACACAUCCUUCGGUAUAAUCGACGUUCAUUUUGACUAGCUCGACACAUGUUGGUUUAGAGAAGGUUUUCGAAAACACGAAAAGAUUCCGCAAUGACACAGAUACGGAUUGAAGAAUACAAUCUGGAUUACCGAAGUUGUUAAGGCUUCAUAGCAUAGCCCCGGUGUGAUCAUGUUAGUGAAUGCUUUCCCCGAAAAAUAUAAACAAAAUUAUCAAAUAUUAUUGGAGCGACCUGAGACAGGUGAUAAAAUUUAUGUGAAAAUAAUUGGAACUAAAAAAACCUGUACACUAACCAAGGGGGUGCGAAAUAUGGUGAAGCCGAGAGAAACAUGAUUGUUGUGCAAACGAUAUCCCUGCCCCAUCAGAUCCGGUCGAUUGGUAAAGUGUAACGUUAAACGAGAAUUUCUCCUAAAAUAAACCUACCUACCAACAGCAAAUAGUCAGACUAAUGUUGACGCUAAUGGAAAAGUA